AGCUAACCGCUGCACGAGGAAAAAACUCUGCCCACCCCGCUUUCUUGCUCCCACCCAUGACUCCAACUCGCACGAUUCCAAUCCCACCCCUGCCUCCAUCCAUAGCGCCGGCGGCCACCCCACCUCCCGAUCUCCUGCGCCCCCAGCCCAACCCCCUCCCUAGCGAUGGAUCCCCGCGGAGCCUGGCCUGCCGCACCACUACGCCAUGGAUCCGGGUGGAGCCGCAACCAUCCCCGCUGCCCGCGCCUCAUCCUCUUUGCGGGGCACAUGACGGCGCGGCCACUGGCCACCUGCGGCACCACCACCUCCCACCGCGCCUCCUCUCCCUCCUUCCUAGCCUCCUCCCGACCCGCCCCGCCCCACACGCCUCACCCUGUGCCGCGCCAGCGAACAGGCGGGCUUCCCUCUCCCUCCUCGAUGUGAUGGAGCGGGCCGAGUUCCUCGAGCUCAGACCGGCCGACAGCCCUGGCCAAAAGCUCCCCUGACCCUGGAUCCACAUCGCCCGACCGGGAUCCGGUGGUGGGAGGAAAGAUCGAUGCAGCGGGUGCUGGCUCCCCACGGCAGUCGACCACUACGGCCACCACUCUGCUCCCUACCUGCAUCGUCAAGCACCACGGCGGCGAGAUCUCGCCGGGUCCUCCCAUGGCCGUCGCCACAUGCAGUGCACUGUUGCUCCCCUUGAACAUGGCCACCUCCAACCGGGCGUCGAAGCGCCCGGCGUCGAUCCCCGUGGGUCUCUGUUAUGUGGUGGCCCAGCCCAGGACGGCGGCCCAAGGCCUCCCGACGCAAUCGCCAGCUGGACAGGGCCUGGCGAGCCCAGCAAGGUGUCCAGCGCGGAGAAGCAACGAGAUAGGGGGAAGAUAAGUAAGUGGAAGAACAGAGGAGAGAGACGUCGAGCAACAGAACACUUUUUCCUUGUUUUCUUCUUCGAGUUUCCUCUUGUUUCCGGAUUCUGUAUCUGUAAGAGAGGAAGAACCCCAGCGGGAUCAUAACAUUUGGUAUCAGUUGUCAUCGAUCCUCCCCGGUUCUGGCUCGAUCCGUCAGUCCGAUCGCGGUUGGUGGUGGAUUCGCUCCGCCGCCGUAAUCCCCAUCCGUUGGCAGGAACGCCCGAUCCGGGCGUCGAUCUGGCGCCCAAGCGUCGAGCACCCACGGUCGUACAGGCGCAGAUCUCGGCGGCGAUGGGGUCAAUCGAGCAGCACAACGCCGAAACCAUCACCAAGCUCGAUGAGAUCGCAGAGCAGCUCAAGGGCAUCACGACCUGGAUGCGUACGAUGGACGAGACGACGCGCACCCUCAACACCUCGGCGUCACUCCUGCAGCUCCACGCCGAGGACGCAUCCACGCGCCUCCGUGCACUGGAAUCAUCUUCGGCGGUGACACCGCGUCCCCCGACACCUCCAGGUCCGGCCUCCCCUUCGGCGCCGCCUCAUACGGUGGAAGUGCGCACGGCCCAAGGGCACGGCGUACACCCAACUCCACGGGGGCCAGUUUUUGGGGAUCCUCCAUUCCCUCAACUGCCUCCGGCUCAUGAUUUCACGGGUCGUCUGUCGGCGAGCUCUCACCCGAUGCAUCAUGCAGUUAGCCGGUCCACAUCGUGAGGUUCACCGGCCGCAUGACUGCAGUGCAGUUGACUCCUCAUGUGCAGUGUGUGCGGCGUGCUGCUCGGAGCAAAGCGGGCUUGCAGUUUAGUCUGCUGGUUGUGGUUUUUUGUGUUUCUAUCGAAUGUAUCUGGUUGGGAUAUGAUGUAUUUUGUGUAAAAAAUAUUUGUUGAGAAGUUCAUUUCAAAAAGCAUUAAAAAAUGGGUUACUUUCAAGAGAAAAAAA